AUGAUUAUUUUAAUUAAAACAAAAAAAGGAUGGAGUUGGGGUGAUCGCAGUGGUGGAGAUGGCAAAAUUGGAAAAUACGGUUUAUUCUAUAAUAAUAACACUGGUACUGGAACUUAUGAUCCAUCCUUUGAUCGAACGUGGGGCCGAUUUCGUUGUGAUAUUGACAAGGUAUUUGAUGACUGUUUUAGUGGUGGCGGCAUUGGAGGAAGAGAUCGUGAGGGUUAUGGAGGUGCUGGUAUCGUAGGAUCUCCAAUAACAUGGGCACAAGAACGCCAUUAUGGUCAUUUUAUGCGUUCUUUACCGCUUCCCACCAACGUUGAUCGUGAUAAAGUUGAUGCACGUUUAGAUUUGGGUGUGCUCGAAAUUAAGUUAUUAUUAUUCAUUAUUAGCUUCCAAGAACUGAAGGGUGCCACAGUCAAGCGUAUCACUGUUCAAUAA